UUGUUUAAUGAGGACACAUUCAGGACCUGCCUUAUGUAACUCUCCCUCUGAAGAUAACUUCUCGUCCUUCCCAUUGACACCCAAGCACACUCUUCACAGGCUCCUCCCUUUCUGCUCUUUUCACUUUGGCCCUCCCCACACUCACCUGGCUCCCUAUCAGUUAUUGCCAAGGAACAGCUAGACACAAAGGACUUUCUCAGAUCUAUGAUCACAAGGACAUGUUACCUGUGAGAACUACAGCAAAAACACAAGGUGAGAGGAGUUAGCUUGGUAGGAGAGAUUGGAAGAACUGGGAAGAAGAGAUUAAUAGUGCUGAAAACAUGUGGAACUGGAUGGAAUUAGUGUUGAGACAAUUAGGAUAAAGGAAGUCAUUCAGCAGUAGGAAGAAAACAAUCAGCCAUGGGUACUUUUGAGCAUCCUUCUACAUGUCCAGCUCUGUGUUAAGCACUCUGAUGGAUUCAGGAGAAACGGAAGAUCUCAAGGAGCUUGCAGAAGCAAAACAAAUACGACACAAUGGGAAUGAGCAGAGAACAGUUCAAUGCCAAACGCUGAGAGCUGAAAUAGAUCAAAAGGGCUUGCUUGGGGAACUGUUCCUCCAGCUGGAGCCUGAGAUUUUAAUUAGCAGAGAGAAGGAAGUAAAACAUCCCAAGGGUGGGGGAGCAAAGUCAGGGGAUGGGGCUGGAGGAAUCUGAUCACCUUCUGCUUGUCCUGUCUCUUCUUACUGUGUAGGGCUUACAGCAGAUGUGAAGGGAAUCUCACCCGUGAUGAUACUAAUGGUGAUAAUUUACCUGAUGCUUUUGUUCUGGGAAAACGAGCAGAAUGAGGAAGGAGAGGGGUCCACCAUAGAGCAUCUGCAUGUGGACUAUCCUCAGAGUGACUCUCUUGUAAGGUACUGCAACCACAUGGUCUUACAAAGAGUCAUCAGGGGACCUGACAAUACCUGCAAAAAGGAGCAUGUUUUCAUCCAUGAGAGGCCUCGAAAUAUCAACAGUGUUUGCACCUCUCCCAAGAAAAUGACUUGUCAGAACCAUUCUUCCACUUUGUGUUUCCAGAGUUUGACAAAGUUCAAAAUGACAGUGUGUCAGCUCAUUGGAGGCACCAGAUACCCUGCCUGCAGGUACCACAUUUCCUCCGUGGAGGGGUUUAUUGUUGUCACUUGUGAUGACGUGGGGCCAGUUACUUUCCAGAGAUAUGUUAAAUAAGUUGAGACCACUGCCUGGGUCUGAGGGGUACUGGUACUCUCCUCUCUUGCAGACUUCUGUAUGGGGUACUGGUAUAUUGGUUCCUCUCUCAGGGGUACCAGUAACUGGUUCGCCCUGGAGCACACCUCAACUGUGGACAUGGGGUAAUGCUUUGUGUGAAUUGGGUAGCCACUAGUAAUUCAUCUGUCCUGCUGG